CACUGGAGAACCUAGCAAUCAGGUCCUGUCCAGCGGUCUCCUAAUUAAACGCCCGGCAUCCCCGGAAGAAACGCGUCGCCACGACCAAGGUCUCCCUCUGCCCAUGGAAAGCCUUCUGAAACCCAAAGAGUGAGGCUCCAGCUGCGGGCCCGAGCACGUGACUGAGAGGAAGGUUUCCGCCCAUGACGGGAUGGGAAAACCAUGCCAGGGCUGAUCAGUCCAACGCUGCUGCGGAGGCAGGACCGGAGCACCGCCGAGAGCUGCGCCCUCAGGCGUCCUGGACCUGGCCGGGUAGAGAGGCAAGAAGACUUGAUGAAGCCUUCCCUCUCAACCCACACACUGAAAGGACAAUUUAGAUGACAGUUUUUAAAAAGGUGACCAUGAUCCCCUGGGUGCUCUUGGCUUGUGCCCUCCCUUGCGCUGCUGACCCCUUGCUUGGAGCCUUUGCUCGCAGGGACACCCAGAAGGGCAGCCCUCAGCUCGUCUGCAGCUUGCCUGGGCCCCAGGGUCCACCCGGCCCUCCAGGAAUGCCAGGGCCCUCAGGAAUGAUGGGAAGAAUGGGAUUUCCUGGUAAAGAUGGCCAAGAUGGCCAGGAUGGAGACCGGGGGGACAGUGGAGAAGAAGGUCCACCUGGCCGGACAGGUAACCGUGGAAAACAAGGACCAAAAGGCAAACCUGGGGCCAUUGGGCAAGCUGGGCCUCGUGGACCCAAGGGGGUCAGUGGUACCCCAGGGAAGCAUGGCAUACCAGGUAAGAAGGGGCCUAAGGGCAAGAAGGGGGAGCCUGGCCUCCCAGGCCCCUGCAGCUGUGGCAGGGGCCGUGCCAAGUCAGCCUUCUCAGUGGCGGUGACCAAGAGCUACCCCAGAGAGCGAAUGCCCAUCAAAUUUGACAAGAUUCUGAUGAACGAGGGUGGCCACUACAAUGCGUCCAGUGGCAAGUUUGUUUGCAGCGUGCCGGGAAUCUACUACUUCACCUAUGACAUCACGCUGGCCAACAAGCACCUGGCCAUCGGCCUGGUGCACAACGGCCAGUACCGCAUCCGGACCUUUGAUGCCAACACUGGCAACCAUGACGUGGCCUCAGGUUCCACCAUCCUGGCUCUCAAGGAGGGCGACGAGGUCUGGCUGCAGAUCUUCUACUCAGAACAGAAUGGACUCUUUUACGACCCUUACUGGACUGACAGCCUCUUCACCGGCUUCCUCAUCUAUGCUGACCAAAAUGACCCCAAUGAGGUGUAGACAAGCUGGAGUCCAGCCUCCAGGCAGGGACUGACAUUCUGGAUGGGUGCUCAUGGAGGAAGACCCCUGAACUGGAGGAUGGGGGCCGGCAGUCUGUAUCCCAAGACUGGCCUCCUCUGCUGCUGCUUUUUUUUUUUUAAAUCAUUAUAUCCAAGCUUUUUGAUUCAUUUAUCCAUCUAUUCACUGCCUCAAUAUCUGUCAUGUAACAGGUACUGUAUUAUACUCUGCAAGUGACACCUGGCAAGAUAGAGUUCCUGUCCCUAUAGGACAUACGACUCACAAAUAAACAGCAGAUAAUAUAGUUAUUGUGCCCCAUAGAAACAGGCACACCAUGGGUAAGAAUAAUAGGAACAGGACACAGGGAAGAGGCUAAAACUUUUAUUAUUAUUUAGAGUUCAAUUUUAAGGUUUAGUUACAUG